AUGUUUUCUAAGGUUUUGUACUUUGCUGCUCUUAUCGCUGUUGGGCUCGCCCAAUAUGGAUAUGAUCAUGGGGAAGCUUAUUCGUCCCAGCACAUCUCCCGUCAUGACGGACAUCCUGAAAUUGUGCAUAGCAGUCACAGUCACGACUACUAUACUCAUCCUAAAUAUGACUUUGAAUACAAAGUAGUGGACCACCACACCGGCGACAUCAAGUCACAGCACGAGAGCCGCGACGGCGACGUAGUGAAGGGAUACUACGCUCUGCACCAGCCUGAUGGCUCUGAAAGAUCAGUGCAUUAUCAUGGUGACCAUCACACUGGCUUCCAUGCUGAUGUCAAAUAUGAAACACACCACAUGAUCCCUGAACAUCAUUAC